AUGAGCUGCCCAGAGAUUUCAACAGAGAACCUGGUAUAUUCAUUAUGGCCCUCACCUUUGGUGAACUUCAGUGUCUUCAGCGUCACAAUACAAAAUUUUUUACCUCAUAAUUUUAGAGUUUAUGGUUAUAACGGCACAGAAACUAUGAAACCUCUUGAACAACAUUUUCAGAGUUUCUGCUAUUACCAAGGGUUUAUUGAAGGGUUUCCAAGUUCUAUGGUGAUCGUUAGCACAUGCACUGGACUCAGAGGCUUACUGCAAUUUGAAAAUGUCACUUAUGGAAUUGAACCCCUGGAGUCUUCUAUUGGUUUUGAACAUGUGAUUUAUGAAGUCAAACAUAAGAAUGCAGGUGUUUCUUUAUAUGCAGAGAAGGAUAUUGAGUCAAACGAUCUGCCUUAUAAAAUACAAAGUGUAGAGCCAGUGUCAGAUUUCUCUCAGUAUAUAGAAAUGCAUAUUGUAGUUGAAAAAAAUUUGUAUGUUCACAUGGGUGCUGAUAUGGCAGUUGUUACCGAAAAAAUUUUCCAGUUGAUUGGAUUGACCAGUGCUGUUUUUACUUCAUUUAAUAUUACAAUAAUUCUGUCUUCAUUGGAGCUUUGGACAGAUGAAAAUAAAAUUUCAACUACUGGAGAUGCUAAUGAGUUAUUACGCAGAUUUUUAAUAUGGAAAAGAUCAUAUCUUGUUUUGCGUCCACAUGAUGUGGCGUUUUUACUUGUUUACAGAGAAAAAUCAGAUUAUGUUGGUGCAACUUUUCAAGGAAAGAUGUGUGAUAGAAAUUAUGGAGGAGGUAUAGUUCUGCACCCCAAAGCUAUAAAUCUGGAAUCACUUGCAGUUAUUAUAGUUCAGUUACUGAGCUUCAGUAUGGGGAUCCCUUAUGAUGACAGUAACAAAUGCCAGUGCUCGGGAGCUGUCUGCAUAAUGAGCCCAGAAGCAAUUCAUUCCAGUGGUAUGAAGAUCUUUAGUAACUGCAGCAUGGAAGAUUUUGCACAUUUUAUUUCAAAGCCUCAGUCCCAGUGUCUUCAAAAUCGGCCACACUUAGAUCCAUCCUACAGGACUGCGACUUGUGGUAAUGGAGAAUUGGAAGACGGAGAACAAUGUGACUGUGGGUCUCCAGAGAAUUGUGCUGUUGGGCUGGGCACAUGCUGUGUGAGAAGCACCUGUAGACUGACAGAUGGCUCAAAAUGUGCUCACGGAGACUGCUGUGAAAGUUGUUCUUUUAAGCCAAAAGGAGAGGAGUGUAGGUCUCCCAGGGAUGAAUGUGAUCUCUCUGAAUUUUGCAAUGGAACAUCUGCAGCAUGUACAGAAAACCUUUUCAUUCAGAAUGGGCAUCCAUGUGGAGAGAACCAAUGGAUCUGUCUGGAAGGAAAAUGUGUGAGUGGGAUGAAACAAUGCAGCUAUCUCUUUGGUGAAGGUGCAACUUUUGGUACUGGAGAAUGUUUUAAUGAAAUUAAUUCUAGGAAUGAUCAAACUGGGAAUUGUGGUUCAGGCCCUUCAGGAUACACACCUUGUGGAGCUAAUGACCAGAAAUGUGGAAAACUAGUAUGUGUGUAUAACAAACAACAUAUAUUUAAAAUUCGAAAUGCCACUACUCUUUAUACCAACAUAAAUGGAUAUACUUGUAUCACCUUGGAGGUUCCCCAUGAUAAUAGGAACAAAAAAAUGAUGUGGGUACAAGAUGGAACUGUUUGUGGUCAAAAUAAGGUUUGCAAGGGUAUGCAAUGUGUUUCUUCCUCAUACCUGAAUUAUGACUGUACUCCAGAAAAAUGCCACAAUCAGGGUGUAUGCAAUAAUAAAAAACACUGUCAUUGUAAUCCUACAUAUUUACCUCCAAGCUGUGAAAAUGUAGAUGAAACAUGGAGAGGUGGGAGUAUUGACAGUGGAAAUUAUCCACCUUCACCAGGCACGAGUGCUGGUAAGGUCUAUAUUGAUAUUGGUUACCGUUCCAAACCUACAAAAUGGCCAUUUUUCUUGCUCAUUCCCUUUUUCAUUAUUCUAUCUAUACUGAUUGCUGUACUGGUGAAAGUUAAUAUCCAAAGAAAAAAAUGGAAAACAGAGGACUAUACAAGUGAUGAGCAAUUUGAAAGUGAAAGUGAAACCAAGGAGUAA